AUGGCCGUCCAAAAUUCCAACCCGGAGGUGGGAGAUGAGCAUGAAACCCGUUCAGUUGUUGAGUCAGUUCAACCUAUGACUCGCACGUCGAUAUUUCGAUCUAUCCCCUUCCAAAUCGCGGUUGCUAGCGGCGUUUCUUUCACUGCCCCCGGCAUGUGGGAUGCCAUGAAUAACCUCGGAGCUGGUGGUGCGGCAGAGCCCUAUGCAGUCUCUGCAGCUAAUGCACUUGUCUAUGGGUUGUUCGCGAUUGUUUGUGUCGCGGCUGGAGCCAUCAACAAUCGCAUUGGCCUUCGCUGGGGCCUGACCCUUGGGGCUAUUGGUUACCCUAUCUAUGGAGCUGGUCUUUAUACCAAUAACUACUCUCCUACAACAUGGUUCAUGCUCUUUGGUAGUGCCCUUUGUGGCAUUUCGGCAGGCUUUUUCUGGGCUGCUGAAGCUGCUAUCAUUAUCGGAUAUCCGAGCCCUUCAGAGCGCGCCUUUUAUCUUGCUAUCUGGCAGACUGCGAAGGCUGCUGGUCCCAUCAUUGGCGGUGCAAUCAACUUGGGCCUCAAUGCACAGACAUCCACUCAGGGAAGCGUCAGCGCAAGCACAUAUAUCGUGUUUAUUGUCAUCAUGUGCCUGGGACUUCCCAUCGCGCUCUUGUUGAGCCCAGCUGAGAAGGUGCAACGCAAGGACCGAACUAUCGUUGUUGUGCAUAAGAAGGAAUCCUGGGCUGCUGAGUUCAAGGCUGCCAUUUCUUUGAUCGCCACCCGUCGCGUUCUUCUCCUCCUUCCCUCUUUCUUCAUCAGCUACUUCUACAACGGUUUCCUCAGCACCUUCUUAACCAGCUAUUUCACCGUUCGAGCCCGUGCCUUUUCAUCAUUCUUCACCAAUUUCGCUGGAAUCGCCUCCUCUUUCAUUAUCGCGUCUCUACUUGACCGUCAAUCCAUUUAUAUCAAGACCCGUGCGAAGAUUGCAUUCCUGUCUAUUGUGGUCAUUCUGAUUGGCACUUGGAUCUGGGCCUCGAUUCUCCAAAACCAAUUCUACAGUGCGCCUGAGGCCCCUGUUUUCGACUGGUUCAAGGGUGGUUUCGGCAAGUCGUACGCGCUCGUCUUCUUCUGGACCUUCGGAGGCCAGGCAUUUCAACAAUUCCUUUACUGGCUCAUUGGUCAGUACAGCACUGAUAUCUCAUCGCUGUCUUACCACUGUGGUAUAUUGCGAGGAUUCGAGGCUCUGGGCCAGACCGUCGCCUGGGCCAUGCAAUCGCAAGGCAACGCCAACCACUUUGUCAGCAUUGGUCUCAACUUCGGCAUCACUGUGCUCUGCAUUUUCCCGACUUGGAUAGUCCUGUCUGAGUUGGAGCACAGCCACGAAGUGCAAGUCACUGUGGACGAUGUGAACUCGAAGAUCCAGGACGAAACAGUG